AUGUUUGAAGAUUCACAUCACUCAUUUUUGGGUACCUAUGAGGUUAUCCAAUUCUUUGAAUUAUGGAACCUUGAAGGUACCCAAUUCCAGAGUGGUACCCAAAAAUGGGUGACUGAAGUGCAGCUGCCAGCAUUCAAGAAGGCAUGGUGGGCAUGGUGGAAGGGUUUGCAACCCAUUGCACAUGGAACAACUGAGGUGGAAGGGUUCCUGAAUGCGACUCAUCAUGGCCAUUUGCAUGUGGAGGAUGGAUGGGCCUGUCUCCGUUGGCAUGGGCAGAAUGGCUGGUACACCAUUCUUGCAACUGUGGUAUGUCUCAUUCCUCAAAAGCCCACUGCUUUGUCUUCCAUAAAGUGUGCACGCUCGAAUCUCGUUCCUCAGAAGCUGGCCACUACCCCUUCCAAGAAGCACAAAGUCUAG